GCUUGGCAAAUGCAAGCAAAUGAUCGUCGUGAACGCACCUGUAGCGCUUGUUGUAAUUUUUUGUGUUGAGACUUUCGUGCCAAACGCGUGUCGGUGAAGACGGAUGAAUAGCCUAAGCCUCAGCUGAAGGUUCUACAGACUUUGUGGUGUGCCGAACGGGAUAGGGAGCUGCUUUGAAAGUGAAAUUAGCAAACAAACCCGAAACAGUACUCAGUUAUCUCAAAGCAAAAAGUGUAUUUUGAGCAAGUGCAAAAUUUUGCGGAGAGUAAACUCCCAUAUCUGAUAAAUAAAUCUUUAUGGUACGCUAAGUGUCAAGACACGACUGAAUAUCCUACGGAAUACCCAAAUAUCAGCUGUGAAAACUGCGCUUUAAGUGCAAAAUUCAACCAAAAGGAUACCCAGCCAACCAGUGGCCAGACACAAAACACAUAACAGCUGGCAAGACGAUCUGUGACGAAAGCGGGAGAGAGAGAGAGCUGGAGAUAGUCGCGACGACGUAACCGUUACGCUUAGAUGCAAGCCAGGGUGCUGCAUUAGCUAAUUUGCCCCAUUUCGAGUGUCUGAGCGCAAUUGUCAGCUGUGAACGCGAGCGUUGUGUGAGACUGUGAGAGUGAGUGCUUUGCAUUUUCGAUCUGUGAGUGCCACUGGAUCCCCUUUUGCAAUGCGGGCAAGCGACUUUGCUUGCGGCCGCCUGCUGGUGGCCCUGCUACUGCAUUGCCUGGUGGCCCUGCAGGUGUGCGGUCGGGCCGGAGCCUUCACCCUCCUCUCGCCCUUCAGCUAUAGCUCGCUGAGCUUCAAGAAUCUGCUGAACUCGGUGCUGCUCUCGAGCAACGCAAACCUGGCCGGUGGGGGUAGGAACCUCAAGUCCGACGUGCUCGAGGAUGCAUCUCUCAUAACGCCCAAAUUAAUACGCAAAUAUGGCUAUCCAUCGGAGACACAUACGGUGGUAACGAAGGAUGGCUACAUCCUGGAAAUGCAUCGCAUACCAAAGAAAGGCGCGCAGCCAGUGCUGCUGAUGCACGGCAUUCUGGAUACUUCGGCGACGUGGGUGCUCAUGGGUCCCAAAUCGGGAUUGGGCUACAUGCUCUCCGACCUGGGCUACGAUGUCUGGAUGGGCAACUCACGUGGCAACCGUUACUCGAAGAACCACACCAGCUUGAACAGCGACUACCAGGAGUUCUGGGACUUUACCUUCCACGAGAUGGGCAAGUACGAUCUCCCGGCGAACAUCGAUUACAUCCUCAGCAAAACGGGCUACGAGCAGCUCCACUAUGUGGGGCACUCCCAGGGCACGGCCAUCUUCUGGGUGCUGUGCUCGGAGCAGCCCUCGUACACGCAGAAAAUUACCUCCAUGCACGCUUUGGCGCCCAUUGCCUACAUUCACGACAUGAAGAGCCCGCUCUUCCGCACGCUGGUGCUCUUCCUCGAUUUUCUAACAGCCGCCACACGAAUGCUGCGCAUCACGGAGUUCAUGCCCAACACAAAAUUCCUGGUGGACCACAGCCAGGUUGUUUGCCACGACAAUGCCAUGACGCAGGACGUCUGCUCCAAUAUCCUCUUCCUGGUGGCCGGCUACAACUCCGAGCAGCUGAACAAAACAAUGCUGCCCGUGAUGCUGAGCCACACGCCCUCGGGCGCUUCCAUCAAGCAGCUGGAGCACUUUGGCCAGCUGAUGAAGUCCGGACAUUUCCGCAAGUUCGACCGCGGCUAUCUGAGAAACCAGCUGGAGUACAACCGGAUUACGCCGCCGGACUAUGACCUGUCGCGGGUCAAGGUGCCAGUGGCCCUGUACUACUCGGUGAACGAUCUGCUGGUGUCCACCACAGGCGUGGACCGACUGGCCAGGGAGCUGCCCAACGUCAUCGACAAGUACUUGGUGCCCAUGGAGCGCUUCAACCACUUGGACUUCCUGUGGGCCAUCGACGUGAAGCCUUUGGUCUACAAUCGACUGGUGCGGAACAUUCGGCGCGUGGAGAACCACAAGGCGAAGCUGACGGCCAAUCUGGCCAGCUUCUUGGCCAUGCAGCUGCAGCGCCAGCAGCUGCAGAAUCAAAUUCAAAUGCAAAUGUCGCAGCUGUCGCCACCCAACGUUCACCUGCCCCAUGGCCUGGGAUUGGAGCUGAUCGAGACGACGACGACCCCAGCCACGGGAACUACAACCACUCCGGGCACGACCACAGCCACGGAGGAUGAGCUGCAGGUUGGAUUCGUAACCACCAGCAGCCCCGUGGACCAACUUUACGCGAGAGUUUGACGGCAAAAGCAUUGACUCCCUCUCGCUCCCAAUUUCAUAUGACUGUGAUGACAUUUUAACACUUACGCUCCAUCCACUCAACUCAUCCACUCAGGCAUCCCCUCUCCAAUCAUUAACAAUAAACGCAGCACGAAUCCCCUUACUUGAAUGCUUCAAAUGUCGAGCCCGAAACUGUUUAAUCAGAUCCAUUUUCAUCCCGAUUGCGGCACCCAUUUCUGCCUCUUUGCUUCCCCUAAUACUUUAAUUUAUGCGUACAAAUUAAUGAGUAAAUCGGAACGUAUGUUUAUGUUAUAAAAUAAAUAAAUGUAAGACAAAAUGAGA